GUUGUCACCAUUUGCUUUUGCCAUCCUCUACAUAGAGACCAAGAGAGAGAGACAGAGAGCAACAAUGGCAGAUCUUGCCAUUGGGAUUUCCAAGACGGUGGUUGAGAAGCUGGUGAACAAGGUCAGGUCCGCUGUCAAGGAAGAGGCGGAGAAAUGGCAGAUCCUGCAGCGUGACAUUGUUUUCAUCAAGGACGAAUUCGAGAUGAUGCAAUCCUUCCUCAACACCACCGGGCGGGAGCGCAUGAAGAACCAGGUAGCAAGGACUUGGGUGAGGCAGGUUCGUGACCUGUCUUACGACACUGAAGACUGCAUCGAGUUCGUCCUUCACCUGGACACAAAGCGGGCGACCUUCUUCUGGCAAUUCUUCCGCUUACUGAAGCCCAAGGUGGUACCAGCAGCGCUGCCGCUGGACCAAGCCGUCGCCGAGAUAAAGCAACUCAAGGCCCAAGCUGAGGAUGUGAACCAAAGGAACAUACGCUACAGCCUCACCGGCAGCUCUGGAGAUCAGCAGAUGCUGCCAGCUCCUGCUGCCAGCAAGAGGACCCUGGACAUCUUCAUCAAGCCCAGGGAUGGCUUUGAUAAUCAGGCAGGCACUUUGGACCUCGCCAGAUUGAUAAAACGGGAGGGCAAGGAACUUCAAGUGAUUGCCGUGUGUGGAACAGGAGGAGAUCUUGGGACAACAUCCAUCAUCAAGAAGGCAUAUGACGAGCCUGAAAUCUGUGGCAUGUUUCCAUGUCGCGCUUGGGUGAAGCUGAUGCAUCCUUUCAGUCCCCAUGAGUUCAUCCGGAGCUUGUUGGUUGAGUUCAGCACAAAUUCUUACAAGACCCAAGAGCCCAAUACCGAAGGGCUCAAGAUCCAAGAGCCCAAUACCCAAGGGCCCAAGACCCAAGAGCCCAAGACCCAAGAGCCCAAGACCAAAGAUCCAAAGACACAAGAAGAACCCAAUACCCAAGAGCAAAAGACCCAAGAGCCCAAUAUCCAAGAGCAAGGAGUUUUAGAAUUAGAAGUACAAGAGCAAGAGCAAGAGCAAGGAGUUAACACCGGAAGUCUGCAACAAGUGCUGGAGGUGAUGAAGGCAACCCAAGAAAGUAUGCUUGCAGAAUUCAUGGGGAGAAUCAAGGAGAAGCCAUACCUCAUCGUCCUAGAAGGUCUCUCCACCAUCGUGGAGUGGAAUGCCAUCAAGACAUUUCUUCUAGACAUGAAGAAUGAGAGCCGAGUUGUUGUGUCAACGCAGCAGGUUGAGAUGGCAAGCCUGUGCGCGGGACAGCCAUACCACGUAUGGUUGCUCCGGGAGUUCUCAACUGAGCACUCCGUCUACGCCUUCUCAAACUCAAAGGACCUUCCCAAAAAACCACUGGUUAAUGAAGCUACCACAUUGGACAAGUGUUUGAGUGACGAGGACACAGAGUCCUCAGACCAUUGGCUGAAAGUACAUGGCCUUCGUGGGCGCGAUUCGGAACUAAGUACACUUUGGGGCCUAGGCUGUACCAUUGUUAUUACCAGGGAAGAAAGUGUUGCCAGACAUUGUGCAACGUCACCUGAUGCAGUGUGCCGGGUCAAAGGUCUAGAAGCUGAUGCGGCCCGUCAUCUCUUCCAGGACACCUUUAAACCUGACGGAAUCUCUAAGGGCGAUUCUAACAUGAUGGCUGAAGCAGAUCUUAUCAUAGACAAGUGUGGCAGACUUCCCAAACUAAUAGUUGCUUUAGCUGAGUACUUGGCCGAAGUACCAAACGUCAUACGGGAGGCCCGGCGUCUGAAUGCCAACUUUAUGUAUGCACUGAAGACGACCAGGAAGGGACUUGAUAGCUUCCGGGACGUAUUCACCUGGAUGUAUUCAAGAUUUCAGGCUUGUCAUCAACUACUCAGGAAAUGCAUCUUCUAUCUGUCACUAUUUACUCAAAGCAGUAUCAUUCGUCAGAAUCGUUUGGUGAGGCGGUGGAUUGCAGAGGGCUACUCUGAGGGCACUGACAGCAACAGCAUGGUGGAAUAUACAGAGAAGCUCAUCCACGAGCUUAUCACCAUUGGCAUGAUGGAGACACAUACCAAGGCCGGUGACAUGAGAAUGACUUCUUGUCAGAUCAACUCAUUGUUCCUGGACUACUUCAUCUCAAGGGAGAUGGAAGAGAACAUUUUCCUUCCACUAGAGGUCUCCGUACUGGUGCAGGACAGCACGAUGAACACACAACGUGCAGGACAACACCUGGCAAUAGGGAGCAGCUGGAAGAGGGACAAGUUUGUGUUUGAAAGCUUGGACUUCUCACGGCUGCGGUCUUUGACUGUAUCCAGAGAGUGGAAGCCAUUCUUCAUAUCUGACAGGAUGAGAGUGCUUCGAGUUCUCGAUCUGGAGGACACAAGUAUAACAGAUGAUGAUGUCGAAGAAAUAGUGAAGAAGCUGCCUCGCCUCAAGUUCCUCUCCCUGAGAAGAUGCACAAAGGUUUCUUGCCUGCCAGAUCUGUUAGGUAACCUGAGGCAGCUCCAAUCUCUGGACAUAAAGCACACCUCUGUGACUAAGCUUCCUAAGAGCAUCAUCAAGCUGCAGAAACUUCAGUAUAUUAAUGCCGGCACGAAGGUAGCGGCGUUGACUGACGACGAGCCCUCAACACCACGGAGGAUUAUUAGGCAUGGACAUGUUGUUGCUUGUGAUGGCGUCAUGGUGCCUGGAGGAAUUGGGGCACUGGUCGCCAUGCACACACUGGGUGUUAUCAACGUCAACACAAGAGGUGGUUGGGCCACCCUGAAGGAGCUCAAGAAUCUGACCCAACUCCAUAAGCUAGGAGUAUCUGGCAUCAGUAGGAGUAACUUCAAGGGGUUGUUUUCUGCUAUAGUGGGCCAUAACCAUUUGGAAUCCCUAUCGCUGCAGCUCCACAUGGACAAGGAUUUGGACUGGUUGGCUAAACUCACCCCUCCAGGGAACCUACAACGUCUCAAAAUACACGUACAUGUAGAAAAAUACGCACACUGGAGCUGCCUACAGGCCCUUGGGCAGGUGAGAAGGCUGCAGACCCUUAGCUUUCGUUUCAAAACGGAACAAGAUGUUGAGCUCCAGUUCAGUGACAUGAUGGACAGUGGCACCUGGUAUGCACCCAACCAAUUCUGUGAACUCAAGGUCCUCGAGAUAGCUUGCAGCUCCAACCUACAUGUCAAGUUCGCAGAAAAUGAGAUGACUGAACUUGAGCUGCUCAAGGUUCACUGCUUGGAAGGGUCGUCGCUCAAGUUUUCUGGGAUAGAGCGUCCAGCUAAACUCAAGUAUGUGUGGCUCAAGGGUUCUUUUGACGACACAGUCAAGGCAGAAUUGCGGCAGAAAGUUAAGCAGCAUCAGAACAAACAUCUUGAUUUGAAACUGGAGUAA